AUGUUUAAUUCAAAAGCUUUGGAUAUUUCAGCUCUUAUUUUUGACAGUGGGUCCCAGGUGUGUGAGGCUGGGCUCUCAGGAGAAUCUGGCCCAAGCAUAUUAUUCAGGUAUCCUACGGAAGAAGCGUCAGUGUCAGAAGAGAGUCAGAAGGAAUGGUAUGUGGGAGAGGAAGCCCAGCACAAACAGGAGGUGUUGUCUUUGAAUUAUCCCGUUGCAAAGGGCAUAGUUACCUUAUGGGAUGACAUGGAGAGGAUUUGGAUGCACAGCUAUGCACAUGAGGUGGCAAUACAAACAACUGAGAGACCAGUGCUAAUGACUGAGAGCCCUCUGAGCCCUCUAGAGAACAGAGAAAAACUAAUACAGUUGCUACUCAAAAGGUUCAAGGUGCCUGCCUUUCAUGUGUCUGCCCAAGCCAUCCUGUCACUCUGUGCCUCAGCGCACAUCACAGGCCUAGUCAUAGACAGCAGGCAUAGUGUGACGCACCCGAUGCCAGUCUAUGAAGGAUACUGCUUACCCCAUGCGGUCUCGAGGCUGGACAUUGCAGGCAGGGACAUCACAGAGCUGCUCGCAAAGCUGUUUUUGGAAACUAAACCUUGUUAUGCAAAAUCUAUGGAAAAGAACAGUUUUUUGUAG